AGCAUCUUUUGCAAGCGCACUACCGUCGAGCCGUACAGAAUGACUACCGUGAUCGUCACAAACCCGCAAGUCGGCCCCGACCCCGUCACGAUCACCUGCCCAUCGUGCCGUGCAACUGUCCGCACGAAGGUGAAGCACCACUCUACCACCUCCACGCACGCGUGCGCGUUUCUGCUGUGGAUCUUCUGCUGGCCGUGCCUCUGCCUGCCGUACUGCUGCGGUUCUUGCCGGGAUGCCAAUCAUUACUGUCCCAACUGUAACGCCUUCAUCGGAACAUACAAGCACUAAAAACUGUGCCCCGGCUGAGAUUUGGCGGGCCAGCCGAUGGAGCGAAACACUAGGCCAAAUUUAGUAUUAUUUAUACUGUCCACCAUUUUCACGGACAACCGUACGCAUCAGGGUUAGUUUUUAGUGCACUGCCGGUCUUCCCGGUCCACUUCAAGGGUGUGAAUGUUACCUCUAUCAAUAAAACGACUUCAAUGGU